AUUUUCACAAUGGCCCUAACUCAACAUAGACUACCGAUAUGCUCAAAUUUAAAGGAUUCACUUCAAAGUUUUGUGUUAAAAAGAUUAAAAAACACGAAUCAAUCGAUUGAUGUUAAAAAUAUUUGGUUGAAAAAAGAAACGAAAAACGAGCUAACUCCAACCGAAAUAGAACGUAUCAAUGCCAGAAGACUUCAGAAUAAACAAUCGGCCAAGAAAAGUCGACAGAAAUCCAAGACGAGAGUUGAACUAUUAGAGAGGGAGUUUUACCAGUUACAAAAACAAAAUGAAACGCUUAAGAAUGAAAUUCAACGAUUAAAAAAACAUAUUAGUGACAGUCGAACUGAAAUUUUAAAGAAUAAGUAAAAUGUGUUGUGGUUUCAUUUUGUAGCAAUAUUUACCGAAUAACCUUGAUAGAAACUAUUUAUUUAUUUAAUUCGUAUUAUUUAAUUUAUUUUAUUUAAUAUUUUUAUAUGGAAUUAAAAUAUUGAGAUAUUAUUAACAAGUAUUAAGCUUGUACUUCUAACCUAUCCAAACUUAAAAUGAUCCGUUAUGUAUUUAAUAAUAUAUUUACAGUAUAUUAAUUAGGGGAGAUCCAUACAACCAGCAACUGUGUCUAUAUCGUUUCUCUUAGUGUCAAACAAUGUAUAGAUUUUAGUUCCUAAUUUAAUUUUUUUUUCAUUAAUGUCAAUUCAAUAAUCCUUGUUAUAUAAAUUUCAUUUAAUUCAAAAACUUUUUAGAAAUAUUUAAAUGUUCAAUUUUCAACUUAACAUUACGAUUAUGAUAUAAU